AUGUUCGGGAGCUUCGCGAAUCUGAUUCCUGCACCCACGGCACCUGCAAGACCGCCAAAGGAUGUGCCUCCACCGACACCGGUCAACUUCCCACACUGCGAGCCCAAGGCUGGCGAAAGUGGAGGCGGAGACCGGCCCGCCAGCUCAGAGCCUGCAACUCCCGUCACAAGCCUCCUGCAGAGCAUCAUCCGCCCGACUGAGAUCAGCGUCUCCCACUUCGAGGCUCUCGGGAUCCACGUGAUACCAGAUGCGGAGCCGAAGGACAUCAUCCCGGAUCCGGCUUACAUACCGGACUUUGAGCAGUGGGAUUCUCUAUCACAGGAGGAGGCACGAGAUGCCAAUGAGAAGGUACGGCAGCCUCUCAACAACGGCGCCCUCUCGCCCGGGCUGCUCGUCUACCUGGACCGCAAGCGUGAGCUGUCGACUCAGAAUGAGCUUGCCUUCCGGGCCGUCAGGAGAAUGCAGCCGCCGCCGGGCAAGACGCAGGUGAGGCUGGGCAACUCGUUCGAGUUCUUCCGCAACUUGGAGGCGUUCGGGACCUUUUGGGACGAUACGUCGGCACCGAAACCCCCAGACUCGCCGGAAGCCAAACCAAAGGAGGAAGACAAGGGCGAGGCAGCAUCCUCGGCAUCCGAUAGUGAUAGCGAGAAGACGGCACAGGAGGGCCCAGUGUUCUUCCGUACCGGAGCCGGGUAUCAGAUGCCACCAGAGUACCGUAUCAACCUUAUCACUGCCUUUCUGAAGCUCGUAGCCUACGACUUUGGAUGUAAUGUCUCUGCUCCGAGGACGGAGCCGAGACUCUAUAUGACCGCACCACAAUCUACUCCUACGUCACAACCGGGCGCCCCUCCGCGUAGCUCCUACUUCUCGUCCGGCUGUACCUUCAUCUUCCGCACCCCCCGGACCCGUGAGCAAGCCCGGGCCGGCAUCGUUGAGGGCCCCCUGGCGGCCGUGAGCACAAGACACUCUACAUCCUUCCCGCCGCCGCCGCCGCCGCCGUCGUCGGAAACGGAGUCGCCAACUUCUUCCUCCGCAGCAGACCUGGACUCCACGAUCGACUUUGCGCGCGAGAUCAUAGCCGCCCUGGUCACGGCGCAGCACCGCGCCCGCGAGGGCCGCACCGAGAAGCGCAUCGGCGAGGAUGCGUGGUGGGCGACGAAGCCGCGCUGGGGCGGCGGACCGGGCGGGCCCAUCGGGCGCGAGGUGGACUUCAAGAACGGGGACGACAUCGCCCUCGGCGACAAGGACGCGCCGCCCCCGCAGCCGGCGUCAUCGUCAUCGUCAUCGUCAGCGGCUGCCAUCCUAGCCGGCAACGGCAGGAGCAGCAGCAGCAGCAGUAGUCGGGACAGGCAGCCGCUGGCCAAGAAGGCGCGCAAGAACAUGGCCAUCUACGACAACUACCGGAUGAUCCGCCCGCCGUCGGCGGCGUGGGACAAGAAGACCAAAUACAUGGCCAUCGGGCGGCGGCGGGGCGCGGACCACGACGACGUCUUCGUCGUCAGCGCGCUGUUCCACCACAUCAGCAUCCUGCGCGUCAAGGUCCCGGCGCGCCUGCUGGAGGUGUUUGACGGCGCCCCGGAUGUCGCCGGGGGCGGCGGCGCGCGCAGCUGGGGCACCGUGGAGGUGCUGCGGAGCCGGUGGUACGACUUCUUCCGCGCCGACGAGCGCGUCGAGGCCAUGAGGCUGGUGUGGUCCAUGAUGGCGUACCUGAUGCGCAAGGAGGACGAGGAAGACGGCGACGUGAAGAUGGCAGAUGCGUGA